UGCUGUCCCAUUCCGUUUGAACUCUCCUCCCAAUCGAUGCAAUCACGCGAAACUAUGGCGCAGCUUCGCGAGCGUCGACACCCGCGCGGCGUCGGGAAGUCGCCCCUCGACGGAGCGUCCGAGGACACGACGCCCGGCAGCAGCUCCGCGGCGCACCGGAAACUGCUGGCCGCGGGACUCUACGGAGUCAGUUCAUUCCUCAUCGUGGUGGUCAACAAAAGCGUCCUCACCAGCUACAGAUUUCCCUCCUCAACAUGCGUUGGAAUCGGCCAAAUGUUGGCUACGGUUGUAGUUCUGAGGACUGGGAAGAUGUUCGGUGUCAUCUCGUUUCCAGAUAUGGAUCGGUCUAUACCGCGCAAGAUGUUUCCGCUGCCUCUCCUGUACGUCGGGAAUCAAAUAUCGGGGCUGUUUGGGACACAGCGUCUCAAUCUGCCCAUGUUUACGGUCUUAAGGAGGUUCAGCAUCUGUCUCACCAUGCUGUUUGAGGGACUCUUGCUCAAGAAGACGUUCUCCGCCCCGGUGAAGGCCACGGUGUUUGCGAUGGUCUUCGGUGCGUUUGUCGCCGCCAGCGCUGAUCUGGCUUUCGACCUGCUAGGAUACAUCUUCAUAAUGACAAACAACGUCCUGACGGCGGCCAGUGGGGCGUACGUGAAGCAGAAGCUCGAUUCCAAGGAGCUGGGCAAAUACGGGCUUCUCUACUACAACGCUUUAAUCAUGAUUCUCCCCACCACCGCGUACGCCUACUACUCCGGGGACUUGCAAGUGGGGUUGGAGUAUAGUGGGUGGUCGGAUCAGCUGUUCGUUGUGCAGUUUGUGCUCUCCUGUGUCAUGGGCUUCAUUCUGAUGUACUCCAUCAUGCUGUGCACGCAGUACAACUCUGCGCUCACCACCUCCAUCGUCGGCUGUAUUAAGAAUAUCCUUGUGACCUACAUUGGAAUGAUGUUUGGAGGAGACUACAUAUUCACCUGGACUAACUUCUUAGGUCUGAACAUCAGCAUCGCCGGCAGCCUGGUGUACUCGUACAUCACCUUCACACAGGAGCAAACAAAAAAGGCGUAAACCACGGAGUCCCAGGCCGCCGAUGUCCACAAAACAUCAGGGUUUAAGCUGUCCCAAUGUUUCCAAAACAUCUGUUGUAUUUCUUCAGCACGUUUUAGAUGCAAUCAAGCCAAUCAAAUUGUCUUCAAUUAAGACAAAGUGCCUUCCCCUUUUCAUAAUAUUUCAUCAAUGCACCGGAUGAGUUCAUUUUAAAUACAUUCCUCCAGCUGACCUGUUGCUUAGUGAUUUUCCUAACUGUUUAAAAACGAAAUAAUUUGGGGUAUGAAUCUAAACGGUGUAAUGAUAUUACCAUGAGGGUUUCUGAUCAAAGCCAAUGAGGCGUUGAACAUGUCAUUUCAAUAUUGUAAUAAAUGAUUUUUACACUAUCUGGGAAACAGUGUUUUUGUUGUAUUCAAGUAUCCAGUUUGAAAACAGACUCAUUAAUACAUUUAUUAAAUAUAGCCAAUGUUAUUCCAUUCAUAGCCAGUCUUGGAAUACACUUUUAUUAAUUUCAACAUUUACAGAUAAAAAAUAAAAAAAAACA